UAGAGAACGGCAAGCUAAAAAUUACCGAUCAGCGUAACAACUAAAUGCUACGAGUUACACGACUAUAAGCGUGAGAAACGUCAAAAGAGCCGUGCCUCUUAUUAGUUUAGUUGUGCAGUGAGAUUUUUGGUUCGAUUAUGUAGUGCGUCAAAUAUGAAGACGAUAGAGGGCAAAGUAGUAUUGCUGGGAUCGCAGGGUGUUGGCAAAACAAGUUUAAUCGGACGUUACAUAGGAAACUUUGAUAACGUAAGUCCGACGAUAGGAGCAUCUUUCUUCAACUGCAAACUCAACUUAGGGGAUAUGAAGAUAAAAUUACAUGUAUGGGACACGGCUGGCCAGGAAAGAUUCCGUUCUAUGGCGCCGAUGUACUACAGAAACGCCAACGCGGCCAUGCUGGUGUUCGACCUUACACAGUACAACAGCUUCGCCGCGAUCAAGGGUUGGGUAAAGGAGCUGCAGCAGAACGUGGAGGACACGAUGGUGCUGGCCGUGAUCGGCAACAAGUCCGAUCUGCAUCAGCGUCAAGUCGACGGUGAGGAGGGUCAAAAGUACGCCACGUCGAUUGGUGCUACGUAUCAUGAGAUCUCAGUGUUACAUAACGAGGGAGUGGAAACCGUUUUCCUGGCCAUUGCUAAGGGUCUGCUGAGAAUGGUAUCGGACAAUACAGACAUUACCUCUGUCAAGAUUUUCGACUCGAGUAGUUUUUUUAACGGCGAUGGCAUGCCGCUCUUGCCCUCCGUCGAGGAGAGCCCGCAAAACACCAGUAUUGCGCACGGCAUACUCGAGAAGCCGUUCACCUGCUGCUAAAUUCUAGCUCAAGAGCGACAAUAGUAGUUAUAAAAAAAGAUUGUAAGCCUUGCCGAGACGCGCUCGCGUUAACGCAUAAUGAUUAUGUGCUGCGACGACGACCAAAGAAUUUUUAAAUGUUACUCGCCGAUAGUUUUUUUUUUUCCUUUUGACAAUAUUAAUUACGUUGACGAGUCACAUAAAAAUUUUUUUAAAAAAGUAAAGGAAGUUUGACGAUGCGUCUCCAUUUUUUGAAAUGCAAGAUGCACGCGCAAGGUAAUCGACAAUCUGCUCUUCCACGUAGUUUCCGUCCUAGCUCGAUUAGAUCACAAUAAUGCUUGUGUCGAUUUAUCGCGGGCGUUAAGUCAAUAAUAUCAAAAUACUAUCAAAUAAGAUUGUAACGCUAAAGCAAAGGAAAUUAAAUAAUUUAAUUUUUCUAUAAAAUGAGUACCAGGAGAGACAAAAUAUGAUACAUAUCUUGUUAUGUAGUGAAUUUAUAUGUAAACGAGAUUUCGUAGAAAUUUAACGCGGUACGUUAAUUCGUGUCAAAGUGAUUAGGGUCGUGAUGAGUUAUAAGCCAGGAAAUGUACACAAUGCUAUAAGCUCAACUAAUAUAAUUAUAAUUAUUAUAAUUUUCGCAAGCUCUAUGCAAUCUUUUGAUUAGAUAAAUUUUGAUGUGUAUCAAUUUUUUUUCAUAAAAUAUCGAAUUACGUAAAAGAUUAUGCAAAAUUGAUUAACGCAAAAUAUGAUCGAAAUACGUAAAAGAUUAUGCAAAAUUGAUUAACGCAUGACGAUUGUGUAAUUUGUCAUUAGAAAACUUUAAUUUUAGCAAAUUACAGCU